AUGUCCCCUUCCUCCUUGCGUCCCCCUAACCCCUCAUUCAAUUUUCCACUUCCCUCUUUCCCCAGAUUCGCGAAGACUGUCAGCAAUGCAGUAACUACAACUGCAGGGCAGACGACGUUUUCGCAAAUUAACUUGCAGCACUGCAAAGCAGCCUCUGCUUUACUCAGCAGAGACCUGGCAGUGAGGCAGACACAUGUAUCCCUGAUACAAGAACCAUGGAUUAACAAGGGUCAAGUAUUAGGAAUAGAGCUGAAAGGCGGCAGUCUGGUCCAUGGUGACUCAGAGCGGGGGCCUAGGGCCUGUGUUUUAAUCAACAAGAAACACACAGUACUCAAGCUGCACCAGUUCUGCACCAGGGACCUGGCGGUUGCUUCAAUAAAAAUUCCUCUGGGGGAGACAAGAGCGGAAAUCAUAAUAGUAUCUGCCUACCUCCCCUAUGAAGACAAUGAGGUGCCCACUGAAGAAGUCAUCAGACUGGUGGAGCACUGUAAAGCUAAUGAACUGCCACUCCUGAUUGGGUGUGAUGCAAAUGCGCAUCACACGGUGUGGGGCAGUUCAAACAUUAACAAGAGAGGCUCAGAAUUGUUGGAAUAUCUCUCAACCACAGGGUUGGAAAUCCUGAACGUAGGAUCCAAACCUACUUUUGUCACUUCUCAAAGACAAGAAGUGAUUGACUUAACACUGGGCUCUCGUAAGAUAGCACAAAUGGUCACAGACUGGGGUGUCAGUAAAGAGGAUACGCUCUCUGACCACAGGCAAAUAAACUUCUCAGUGAAAGGCAACAAGGACAACGGAACUAGGGACACUUACAGGAAUCCCAGAUCUACGGACUGGCUCAAGUACAGAAAAGAGCUAGGAAAUAGAUUAGGGAAACCCGUGAGGGGACUAAGGAACGUUCCAAAGAUUGAACAAGCGGCCGAACACCUUCAACAGGCCAUUGUUCAAUCCUAUGAGAUUGCUUGCCCGCUGAAGGUUAGAAAAAGCAGCAAACGGGUGACAUGGUGGAACGCAAAGCUGAAUAAGCUUCGCACCCUGUCUAGGAGGCUGCUGAAUAAGGGGCUUAAGACAAAAGCGGACCAGGACUGGGCAGACUAUAAAGCUACUCAAAAGAGAUACAAAAAAUGUAUCAAGGUCUCUAAAUCAGAAGCCUGGAAGAAAUUCUGUGAAGAGAUUGAAGAUCUACCAUUGGUGGCUCGUCUACGCAGAAUUUUCACCUCAGGACCUACAACAAAACUCGGUGUUCUCACCCUCCAAGAUGGCAGGGUAACGGAGAACGACGAAGAAACACUGGCGCACCUCUGUGAGGUCCACUUUCCUGGCUCGGAACUUAUAGAACUGGAACAGGAAGAAGCCUCAGAGGACGUGAUAAAGAGAACGGUCACAAAACAAGGUGACUGGAGCACAGCUGCCAGAGUGGUAACACCUGAUAGGAUAAGGUGGGCAAUCGGAAACUUUGAAAGGUUCAAAAGCCCAGGGGUGAACAAGAUUUUCCCGGCUCUCCUGCAGGAGGGAAAAUAG